AUGUCCUCUUAUGGGUUUAUAAUUGUACCCCAAAAAUCGACAAAUGAAGUGGAUCUUGUGAAACCACUUACAACUUAUAUUGAUAGUGUUUAUAAUACUUCGGAUGAUAAUAAAGCUGAAAUAUCAGAAGCUGUUCAAGAAUUGAAUAAACUUCGAUCAAAAGCUUGUUGUCAACCAUUGGAUCGACAUCAAUCUGCUUUGGAUGUUGUUACAAGAUAUUAUGAUCAAUUAGUUGCUAUCGAAAACAAAAUUAUCAUUUCUGCCACACAAAAUCCAGUUGUCUUCAAAUGGAAAGAUGCAUUCGACAAAGGAAGUCUUUUCAGCAGUCGAGUAAGAACUUUUAUGGAACUUGUGAUUUCCAAAACUAUCUUUUUUAUAGGCCUCACUUUCGCUUUCUGAUGGUUCAUUUGAACGUGCUGCUGUUCUUUUCAAUUGCGGUGCUUUGAUGUCCGCAAUUGCUGGUUCUCAACAAUUCCAUACCGAUGAAGAAAUCAAAACAUCUGCUAAACUUUUCCAACAAGCUGCAGGAGUUUUUGCGAAAUUACGUGAUAGUGUUCUUGGAAUGGUUCAACAAGAUCCAACUCCUGAUCUUAUGCCAGAUACACUUGCCGCACUUUCUGCAAUUAUGGUUGCUCAAGCUCAAGAAUGCAUUUAUAUCAAAGGAAAAAAGGAUAAUAUGAAACCAGCUGCAAUGACUAAAAUAUCUGCUCAAUUGGCUGAUUUUUAUGCAGAAGCUCAAAAAUUGAUGGCAAAAGAUGUUGUUCGUGGACUUUUUGAUAAAGAGAUGGUUAACACAAUUACUGGAAAAUCUUUGGCUUAUCAAGCAUUGUCUCAAUUCCAUCAAGCUGAAGUCGACGGAGAAAAUCGAACCAUAGGCGAUCAAUUAUCUCGCUUGCAAGAAGCUAUAAAAGUCGCUGAAACUGCGCAAAGUAAAAUCGGUCGAGAAGCAGAAGCAGUGACUUCGCUAUUUCCAGCAAUUACAAAAGCUCAACUAGCUGCCAAGAAGGACAAUGACUUUAUCGUAAGUGAAACAUUGUGGAAUGAUAAACAAUCAACUCAUUUCAGUAUCACGAAAGAGUAACUGAUUUCCGUUCACUUGCUCCAUUACCAAAAGCAGCCUUGGCUAAACCAACUCCAAUAACUGGACCACUUUCACCAAAAUUCAAAGAUAUGUUCUCAUCUUUGGUUCCAGUUCAAGUUCAUAAUGCAAUGCAAUCAUAUGAAGCAAGAAAAGCUGAAUUAAUUAAUAUGGAAACUGUUCGAAUGAGAGAAGCAACUCAACUUAUGAAUGGGUUAGUUUUUGAUUACUUGAAUAUAAUUCUCAUGUGCUAAAUUAAUAAAUUGCUCUCAAUCGGAAGUGCAAAUAUUAAUUUUUCAUAAGUAGGUGGUAAAAAUUGCAACAUUUUUAAAAAGCCAAAAAUGUUCAUCCCGAAUGCAACUCACUUCUUAUUAAAUGCUACCUUAUUGCGAUUUUCUUUUUUAUUAGAAAUGCCGGAAUCAAAUUUCAAUUUUUGGAAAACAUUGUUUGUAGCGUGAACUAGAUUGUUCACGUAUAUUAUUGCAAAAGCAAAAUUACAUUUUGUUUUUUUUUUUACUUACAAUUAUGCUUUUCCAGAGUUUUGGCGAGUUUAAAUCUGCCAGCUGCAUUGGAUGAUGUAACAUCAACUGAAACCCUUCCCGAAUCGAUCAAACUGAAAUCAGCAAAACUGAAACAGAAUGGAGGAUCGGCUGAAAUUUUGCGAUUGUUCAGCGAAUUACCAUCUGCUUAUCAAAGAAAUGAAGAAAUAUUAUCUGAAACAAGUCGAGUUUUGAAUGAUGAAAAAGAAAGCGAUGAUACAAUGAGAAAACAAUUAUCCACAAAAUGGAAUCGAAUGCCAAGUGAUCAAUUGACUGGACCAUUAGUGCAAGAAAUCGGAAAAUAUCGAGGAAUAUUGCAUACUGCUUCGAAUGCUGAUAAAAUGGUUAAGGAUAAAUUUGAGACUCACAGACAAGCGAUUGAAUUGUUAUCGAAAAAUGAAAGUGAAUUGAAGGCUGCAAUUCCUGGACAAACUGCACAUGCAACUGGAGAAACUGAAACAGUUCGAAAAUUGAAAGAAUUGAUGAAACAAUGGACAGAUUUGACACAAGAAAGAGAACAAUUGGAAAAGGAUUUGAAAUCGACUAAUUGUGAUAUUGCUAAUGAUUUUUUGAGAGCAUUAGCUGAAAGUCAAUUAAUUAAUGAGGAACAAAUAUCGAAGGAAAAAAUCAAUGAAUUAUUUGGAGCACUUCGAAAUCGCGUACAAAAAUCAUUAAAUGAUCAAGAGGGUUUGAUGAAUGAGAUUCAGACUUGGAAUAAUAAAUUCACCGGAGAAAAAACUGGAUCAGCUUCUGGAGUGGAAAGAGAGAGAAUUUUGAAGACUUUGGCACAGGGAGCUGAUGCAUAUGCGGAGUUGAAGGCAAAUUUGGAAGAGGGAACCAAGGUAGGAAGUUUUUCCGAUUUUUAUUGGAAAUCAGAGCCUAAUAAAUUUUAUAUUAUUUUUUUCCAAAAUCCAUUUUUUUUCCAGUUCUACAACGACUUGACUCCAAUUCUCGUCAGAUUACAACAAAAAGUCAGCGAUUUUGCGUUUGCUCGACAAACUGAAAAAGAAGAUUUGAUGCGACAAUUACAAUUGAGCAUUGUUUCUGGUAAGUUCAAAUUUUUCCUCAAGAAAUUCUAUAAUCAAUAAUUCUUAACCCAAAAAAAUUGCAGACGACGGUAUGAACUUUUAAAAUAUGGUUUGUCCACGUUGUACAGUGUUUUGUGUACCUCAGUUUUGUUUUGUCUCUUUUUCAGGUGCCGCCAAACAAGCUGUGGUUGAUGGAGUUUCUUCAAUUGUUUCGAGUUAUAUCACUGGUUAGAUAUUGUUCUUUUUAUCGUUGUUCAAUUAUCUCUAGCUAAUUGUAAUUGAAAUUCAAUAAAUUUGUCUGUUUUUCAGGAACCACAUCCGCUGCUCCACCAAGACCACCUCCACCAACCAGACCUGCUCCACCACAACAACAAAGUGUCGAGUCACCAAUUCCACCACCAAGAAAUGCGCAAAAUUUACAAGGUGAGGAAUUGAUUUAUUUAAAAAAUUCUCAAGUUCGAAUUAUUUAUGUUAACUAACAUAGUAUUAUUUUUGUGUAUAUGUUUUUUGCGGUUUCAGCUCAACCUGGAGCCCCUCUUCAACAACAACAAGCUCCACCGGCUUAUAAUCCAUAUCAACAACAACCACAACAAUUCCAUCCUGGAUAUUUCCAACAACAAGUUCCUUAUGGUAACUUUUUCUAAUAUUUUUUAAAUUAAAAAUUGGUAUUUUGUGUUUCAAGGUCUUCUGUUCAAAAUGCACGAUUUUAACAUUUUUCACUUGAGAACUAAUUUUUUGAAUCUCGAGAAAAGUAUUUUUCAUUGGGAACUCGAAAUUAUUAUCGAAAAUUUUAAAAUUUCAUUUCUGAUUGUGAAUCAAAAAAAUCUGAUUUUGGAAAAUUAAAACGUGAAGUGCCACGUGAAUUCAAACUAAUUCAUUUCUAAAUUUUUCUCUAAUAACCCUUUUAUCCCCCUCAAAACCCAUAUUUUCCAGGUCAACCUCAACCAAUGAUGUUCCAACCAGCCUAUCAACCAACAUUCGCAGCUCCUUAUCCAACAUUCCCCGGAGCUUUUCCCUCUUAUCAACAACAACAAUGGCCACAACAACAACAACAACAACAACAACAAGGCAAUUUCCCACCAAAUCCACAAUUUCCCCAAAAUCCUCAACAAAACACCAAUCCAUUUGCCUAA